CGUUGGUCGCGAGCAUGUCGACAGAGAAACGAGAGGUGGGAGGAGGCGAUCGGAAACAAACUGGAGGACACUGAAGCGACAGACGAGAAAGCAAGCAUCAUGGCGCGCCAUGGCAACGCCAGACCUGCAAUGAGUAUAUCAGGACAGGAGAAGGUCGAGGAAAGCCACGGAAGGGUCAUGCACUCUCUUGACAGGAAGUCUGAGAUGAUCGCCACGCCGUCGCGAGUUUUUAACGGGAAAGGCCGUGACUACAACGACAUCAAUCAAUCGUUUUUUCUCUCUGCACGAUCGCAGACUGUCCGCCAUGGUCGUCCGGACAUCCAGACAGCUAGAGGCAUGGACUAUUCCUUCUCAGAAGGCAAUGAAGAUAAAGAGAACUACAUGUACUUGCAGUCAGACAAUUCUAUUACUUCUUCUGACUUGGGCAAGUGGGUGAGUCGCAGAACCCCUAUUAGACUAACAUUUAGCGCCAGUCAAAAGAACGCAACCGGGACCAACUCGCCCUCGGGAAAAUUAUGGAAAGAUUUCAACGAUUUUCUGUCUCGCAAGAGACACAUAUUAAGCAACCUACAGCCUGAGACAAACGUGUUCCAGACUGCAUGGACAGCGUCUGACAGUCCUGACUGGGACAGUGGCAAAGGUCCCCUUGACCUUUCUGUACCUUGGAGGAAACGUGCAGAGUCAAUCUCCACCGUUGCAGACGACAGUUCAGGGGUUGUUGUUGCUGAUACUGAUCUCGCACAGCAGGUACCUGCUGCACUACCCAAUAAAUCAUCAACAGCAGGAAUUUCCGGGUUGACGUUCUCCAUCGAGAACCUUCUGAAAACCGACAAAAAGCCCACAAAAGGGCCUGGAUGCACGGAGACAGCGUACGCAGGUUCUGCUUUUGAUUCUUGUGGACACAGGUUUGAACAUCAAGGUCACGUGAUCGCCUCGUCAGGUAUACCAUCUCCUUGCAGCCCGCCGCUGACACCUGUCGACAACCACCAGCAGCGCAGGGUGUCUUCAGUUGCACCCACAGUCGACACCGAGGACGCUGCGGUGAGGACGAGCAGACACACAGUCUUCCUCGAAAGCAAAGGUCAUGCGGAUGGCGAGAGAACAGAAGGUCAUGAUGAGGAUGGCGAGGCCAAAAGACAGGACAUGACGAUGAAGAUCGAGAAAGAGAAGACAACCCGGAACUCCAGUCUCCUGAAGCCCGAUGCGGCUUUGGGUCACCUCAGUCACGUGAUCUCAACAUACGCUCCUAAUGUCAACCUCUGCCCGAGCCUUGUCAAGACCGUCAGUAGUGUUAAGGAUGGGUUUGUAGGCGUCAUCAACUCCGGACUUGGAAUCGUGAACCCAAACUACACGAGGAACUUCAUUCUGCCGUCGGAUAUGCCGGGUUCCUUCCAGUGCUCUGUCUGCAACAAAGUAAUGAAGAGCAAGCGAACUUACAAUCGACACAGACGCAGCCAUUUGCCCGUCAAACACUUUCUCUGUGUCUUCUGUUCCAAGGGCUUCAACGAUUCCUUCGACUUGAAGCGCCAUACUCGAAUUCACACAGGCAACAAGCCGUACGCGUGUCCUAUCCCGCCCUGCACGAAGACCUUCGCCCAACGUGUGACCCUAGAAAAUCACAUGGAGAAGAUCCACGGGGCCAAACAAUCUUACAGGAAGAAAGAGCGCCGCCCCAAGGUGUAUGUCUGCGAGCUGUGCCAGACAACAUUCCACACCACGUGA